AUGGCGGCCGCGCGCAGGCUCGCUGCUUCAGCUCCUCGUAUAUCCCGAACCGCGUCGUCGAGUACGUCAGCUGCCGCAGCAGCGAGGCCGACAGCCCGUUGUACAGGCCCCGCACGCCGCCGUCCCCGAGUCGCUUCUGCCCCCUCUCCCGCCCUGGCGGAACCCGUAAAGGGCACCGGCACUAGUAGCACUACUAGCAGCAAUCCCGCUACAGUCGAGAUCAACGGAAAGACGUACGCCACCGAUUCUUGGUUCAACGCCCCGGCCAACGUGCUCGCGUCGACGAGCCGCAAGCUGCACCUACAAAAGGACCACCCAGUCUCCAUCACGAGGCAGAUUCUCGAGUCCAAGUUCCCACGGCCGACGUUCAAGUACCACAAUGACUUCGACCCUGUCGUGUCGACGGUCGAGAACUUUGACUCUCUGGGCUUCCCGCCCGACCACCCGGGGCGGAACCGGUCCGACACGUACUACAUCAACAAGGACAUGCUGCUGCGCACGCACACGAGCGCGCACGAGGCGGCGCUGUUCCGCGCGAGCGAGAGCGACGGCUACCUGAUCAGCGCCGACGUGUACCGCCGCGACGAGGUCGAUCGGAGCCACUACCCCGUGUUCCACCAGAUGGAGGGCGCGCGCGUCUGGGACCGGGCGGCGGUGCCCGGCGGCGACGUGGCAGCCGCCGUCUACGCGGACCUGGCGCGGCUGCCGACGCACGACAUCCCCGUCGAGGACCCGAACCCGCCCUUCGACCCCGAGCGCAACCCGCUGCAGGCGGCCCACCACACGCCAAGCGAGGCCGAGGCCGUGGCCGCCCACCUCAAGCGCUCCCUGGAGUUGAUGGUGGUGGAGAUCUUCACGCGCGCCAAGGCCGCCGCGGCCCGGCAGGACCCCAACUACGUCGACGAGCCGCUGCGCGUGCGCUGGGUCGAGGCCUACUUCCCCUUCACCAGCCCGUCGUGGGAGCUCGAGGUGUACUACGCGGGCGACUGGCUCGAAGUGCUCGGGUGCGGCGUCACGCAGCAGCAGAUCCUGAUCGACGCGCAGGUGCCGUCUAAGGUCGGCUGGGCGUUCGGCAUCGGGCUCGACCGCAUCGCCAUGCUGCUGUUCCAGAUCCCCGACAUCCGCCUCUUCUGGUCGCGCGACGACCGGUUCCUGGGCCAGUUCGCCGGCGUCUCGGACGACCUCGCCCGCCUGCGCCGCUUCGUGCCCUUCUCAAAGUACCCGGCCUGCUAUAAGGACGUGUCCUUUUGGCUGCGUUCGACGUUGUCGGCUGCCGGCGGCAACUCGCGAGACGCCAGCGCCCAGGAUUUCCACGAGAACGACCUCAUGGAGAUUGUCCGCGACAUCGCCGGCGAUACGGUCGAGGACGUCGCGCUCGCCGACGCCUUCACCCACCCCAAGACGGGCCGCCGGAGCAUGUGCUACCGUGUCAACUACCGCAGCCUCGAGCGCACCCUGACCAACGCUGAGACGAACCGGCUGCACGACCAGGUCACGCAGGCGCUAGUCGACAAGCUCGGCAUCGAGAUUAGAUAA